GCCGUUAUCUGUUAUAUGUCCGCGUUCACGGCCUCGUCGCUCGAUCUGCUGGAGAGCGCCCAGUUGGAAAGUCUGCGAGAGGUCAGCACCAACACCUGCCAUCCUCUCAAAUGGGAACUGGUGACGCAGACCAGCGAGAUGCUCAUCCUCUGCUUUGGCCUACAUUUGGCCAUUGCCAGUCGCAAUGCCAAUACACAGUUUCGGGAGCGUCAAUUUCUGGUGACAACAUUAACGCUGGAGUUCCUUGUGUCGUCCAGUUUCUAUUUUCUGCGCUUUUUCUAUUUGCCGGAAAUGAGUCCCAGCGCCAUUUUGCUGGCGCUGUUUGUGCGCUCGCAGCUGACGAAUAGCUUCGCCUUGGGUUUGAUAUUUGUGCCAAAAUUGUGGUAUCAGCACAAGCAGGUUCGUUCGCUUGCGUAUGAUCUAUCAAUGCGUUUACCUGUGGAUGCUUUCAAGGGUACGUCACACGAUGCCGGCCAGCGUUUGGGCGGCGGCUAUGCGGGCCUGUGCCUGGGCGAUCCCGACAUUGGUGAGCUGACCAUAUCCGAAAUGAGUCCCGAGGAUAUACGUGCCGAACUCAAAAGACUGUACACACAACUGGAGAUACUGAAGAACAAGACACUGCGCCAGGAUAAUCCGCACAUUAGCAAAAGGCGCGGCGGUCGCAAGGCGGGUCACCGCCGCUUCUCAUUGCAAAAAAAGGGCAGCAAAGAUAAGGCUUUAAGUGCCAAACAUCGCAGCAAUAAGCAUCAUCAGGAUAUUGAGAUAACCGAAGCGGAGCCAUCACGCACGCCCGAGGACUCAGUUUGCAGUGGUGAGGGGCCGACAGAUACCUAUGCCGAAAUAUCGGGCAUAUCGCAUUCAAUGCUAUCCCAUUCAAUGGUAUCGCAUUCCGUUGUCUCGCACUCCAAAUAAACCUUGAACGAUGCGCCCCAAAUACUUGUAAAUAAC